AUGGGAACAACUGGAUCGAAGCUUGAGAAGUCGCUGCCCUCCUCCUUCCCUGACAACGAGAGAAUCUUCGGGCUUGAGAAUUUCGGGAACACCUGCUACUGCAACUCUGUACUACAAGCUCUCUACUUCUGCCUGCCAUUCCGAGAGGCCGUCUUGGACUGGGCAAGAGCUUGUGUGAACAGCAAGGUUCGCAACGAUGAGGACUCCAUGCUUGUUUCGGUUGCGGAGACGUUCCUGCAUAUCAGCAGCAACAAGAAGAAGUUCGGAGUUUACGGCCCGAAGAAGUUGAUUCAGGUGUUGAGGAAGAACAAUGAAGCCUUCCGAGGAUAUCAACAUCAAGACGCUCAUGAGUUCAUGAACUACUUGCUCAAUCAAAUCACAGAGGAGCUCCACAUGGAGGCCAAGGAGCUCGCUCCUCACUCAGUCGACCGCACUCCGGAGAUGCCCAAAACUUGGGUGCAGAAUAUCUUCGAAGGAACUCUAACCAACGAGACGAGAUGUCUCAACUGCGAGACUGUCACCAAUCGCGAUGAAGCAUUUCUAGACUUGUCGCUAGAAAUUGAGGAGAACAGUUCCAUCACGAGUUGUCUGCGGAACUUCUCAGGCAUCGAGACUCUCAACAAGCAAGACAAGUUCUACUGCGAGAAAUGUUGCAGUUUGCAGGAGGCGCACAAAUCGAUUCGAGUCAAACGAACUCCAAACAUCCUCGCGCUUCACCUCAAACGAUUCAAGUACGUGGAGUCCGUCGGCAGGUUGAAGAAGUUGUCUCAUCGCGUCGUGUUCCCCGUGGAGCUCAAGUUGAACAACACGACCGACGCAGCAGCAGAUGAAGAUGCUUUCUUCAACCUCUUCGCGGUAGUGGUGCAUGUAGGCAGUGGUAUGAAUCACGGGCACUACGUUUGUCUCAUCAAGAUUCACGAGCAAUGGUUUCACUUCGACGAUGACACCGUUGAAGGCGUCGAUGACUCGCACCUUCACUCUGUCUUUGGGUCAGCGCAGGAAGGAGGAGGGAAUUAUUCUGGCUACAUCCUCUUCUACCAGAAGGUCACGGCGUGAGAGGCUGCAGGCUUCCUUGUCAUGUAGAAUAUUCAUUGAAACCAACAACAC